AUGAAGAACCAGUAUGCUGUUGACGUCACAUCUGGUCCGUCGUUCAAGCUCUACUAUUGCGUCGGGGAAGAUCCUGCAUUCGAACUACAAUGGGGCAGUAGCAGUGUUUCCCUGGGCGGCUCUGACCAGCCUCUCUCACUAUGUGGGACCCGCAUGUUAACUGGCCAACACACCCAAACACCACCUUCCAGUGAAGCAACGGUAUCAUGCCUCCUCGAGAUUAACGGCGACUUUUAUGCCCUUGGACCUGCGCACCUUUUCACCCAAAAGAUCACUGCCAAGUUCCAAGAGCACUUGCUCGCCGAGUUGCGACAAAUGGACGAAGAUGAAGACGAUGGUGACGAUAUCACUUUCGACGACGAUGACGACGGCUAUAGCGACGAUAAUCACUCCUCACCCAAUGACCUCAUGUCUGAGGAGCGAUCGUUGAAAGGCAAUGCAACACCAUCACCACCGAAGGUCCUCGACGAUCCCAGCAGCGACGAAGUAGGCCUAGAAGAUCUUGUAGCAAGGUAUCCUGGCCCGAAAGACCUGCAAGAGGACAUCACGGACUGCGAUUGGGCAGUCACACAAGUCAAGAAGCCUGACCAACAGCUCCCGAAUCUGUACCUAGCUGAAGGAGAGCAAGCUCCUGAGUUCCGACACAUCGUGGAUGUUGCAGACGAAGACUUAGCAAAGUGGCAUGUAAUUUCCAAAAUGGAGAUUUCUGUCCGCAUACUCACCUCUUCGUCGACGAAAUAUGGCACCAUCCUCCCACAAUUUGCCAAUAUAUCCGGCCUAAGCGGGCGCGGACAUUGCAACGUGUAUGUUGUGUCUAUGAACAGCGGUGAUGGUAAACAUCUAGCCAGCAUAACAUUGUUCAUCCGCUGA